UGUGUCCAUUCUAAGACAUCUGAAGACUCUGCAAACAUUUCAACUCUGCUAUGCUACAGAAGAGGUUUCCACUUUGUAAAAACUGUUUCUGAGAAUGUAUUUUAAUGAUUGUGAAAAUUCCAGUUAAUACUGUCAUCCUGCAGGCCUGGAUUUGGUUUUGAAUUUUGGAAUUGCCUAUAUUAAAUGGCAAACAGUAACAUAGGAUUUGUUUUCAAAAGAAGAAACAGAGAAAAGAAAUGAAAGAUUCUAAUCUGGAGACUGUUACUAAAGCCAGAAGUCUCUCCCCCUCUGGGAAAAAAAAAUACAAUUAUAUGUUCUACUGUCUAUAUUUACAUAUAAGGACCUUCAGCAUUUUAUACACAGUGAAAUCUUUUUGCCUUGUUAGUUUUUUUUUUUCCCUUCCUAAAUUCUGGUAACCAUAGAAAUAUUGAAACUAAACUUUCCUGGUAAGUUUUAAAAUAAUAGAGUGAUAUUAUUUUGAAAUCUUGCUCUUCUGUCGUUUAAAGGAGGUAAAAAAAUUUUCCCUUUGUGUAGAACACAGUGAAAUAUAUAAUUGUCUCAAGUGAUUGGCAUCUUAAAUCAAAUUCAAAGAAAUAAAUCAAGAAAAGUAGCAAUUGGUUGUCAACCGAUCAACUCUUAAGUAAUCCAUAGCUUUGCUGUGGAUAUUAAAAGUUAUAGGAAGAAAAAUUCUUGAGCAGUUGCCCCGUGUUUUAUUAUAAUCUUGUUGAGCUGACUGAAUUUUCUCUUUCUUUUCUGCUAAUCAGUAAAGUAUUUUCACUCUUAGGCAUUUUAGCUGCAGCAUUGAUUUCUAAUUUUCUUUCAUAGAACACUCAGUGAUCUCAACAUUUUUCCCCCUUUAUCCUUAGAGUUUGCAUGUCUUUCCUCUAAUUAUUUCUGGUCACCCUAUCAACAAGUAUUUAUUCUACUUCUGUACUCAGGUAGACCAAGUCCUUGUCUUUUCUUAUAAGUGUUUUUUAUAUAUAGGAAAACAGGCAAACUUGCCAUAUAUAAUGUCAUUUCAGGAGGUUAUUUCAAUUAGCUUGUAGAAGAAAUUGUAUUUAUGCUUAGUGCACACCCAUACAGCACUUCUGUUUUAAUUAACAACAUUUUCUGUUUUAGAUUGCCAGAGAGCUUUCCUGAAUUACAGAAUUUAACAUGUCUUUCUGUAAAUGACAUCUCACUGCAGUCACUGCCUGAAAAUAUUGGCAAUCUUUAUAACCUGGCUUCACUGGAACUGAGAGAGAAUCUUCUUACAUAUCUUCCUGACUCUCUUACCCAGCUACGGAGACUAGAAGAACUUGAUUUAGGAAACAAUGAAAUAUAUAAUUUGCCAGAAUCAAUUGGAGCUCUUGUACAUCUAAAGGAUCUCUGGUUGGAUGGAAAUCAACUGUCAGAAUUACCUCAGGAAAUAGGAAAUCUGAAGAACCUACUGUGCUUGGAUGUCUCAGAAAACAGGUUGGAAAGACUUCCUGAAGAAAUCAGUGGCCUGACUUCAUUAACAGAUUUAGUCAUUUCCCAGAACUUGUUAGAAACAAUUCCUGAUGGCAUCGGAAAACUAAAGAAACUGUCAAUUCUGAAGGUGGAUCAGAACAGACUCACACAGUUGCCUGAAGCGAUUGGGGAUUGUGAAAGCCUCACAGAGUUGGUUCUGACAGAAAAUCAGCUCCUGACCUUACCUAAGACCAUUGGAAAACUUAAGAAGUUGAGCAACUUGAAUGCGGACAGAAAUAAAUUAGUGUCUUUACCAAAAGAGAUUGGCGGGUGUUGCAGCCUCACUGUGUUCUGCAUGCGUGACAAUAGGCUAACCUGGAUACCUGCCGAGUUGUCGCAGGCGACAGAACUUCAUGUCCUGGAUGUGGCAGGGAACAGGUUGCUGCAUCUGCCUUUAUCCCUGACCACCUUGAAGCUGAAGGCUCUUUGGUUAUCUGACAACCAGUCCCAGCCUCUGCUCACAUUCCAGACAGACACCAACCAUACCACCGGGGAGAAGAUUUUAACCUGUGUCUUACUUCCUCAGCUGCCUUCUGAACCUGCUUGCCAAGAGAAUCUGCCUCGCUGUGGUGCGCUGGAGAGCUUGGUAAAUGAUGUCUCCGAUGAAGCCUGGAAUGAGCGUGCAGUAAACAGAGUCAGUGCAAUCCGAUUUCUGGAUGAUGAAAAAGAUGAAGACGACAAUGAAACGAGAACACUUCUAAGGCGAGCCACUCCACACCCAGGGGAGUUAAAGAACAUGAAAAAGACAGUGGAGAAUUUACGGAAUGACAUGAAUGCUGCUAAAGGACUGGAUUCCAACAAAAAUGAGGUCAACCAUGCCAUUGACCGAGUGACCACUUCUGUGUAGCAUUUCACCUCCGAAUUUUACCUCCUGUGUCUUCCCCUGCUGUCAGAGAUGUUCCUGUCUGCUUCCGAGGAGCCUCAUGCAGUCCUUUGUCUUAACCAGAACCUGGCGCAUCAUCUCCCCAAGUGGCGUGUUGGGAUGCUGCCCUCUCAAAGGAAGUGCCUUACUCUAGUCCAUCAACCAGUCUUUGCACCAGUGAUCUCCUGGCCUGACUUUUUUUUUAAUUUUGGUUGUUUGUAAUAAGUAGAAUACACUACUGUAAACAUCUGACCUUUGUUUUUGUCUUAUGUUGGGGAAAAGGAGAGCAGAAAGGGGAGUUUUUAUCCUCCUCCCUUCCAUAAGUGCUGGAACAUUUUGGACCCAAGUUCUCUUGGACCUACCGAUGAGAGAGUUUUAUGUGUGUGGGCGAAAACUGAUAACUUUUUUAAACCUUUUUUUGGCAGCUCAGAUGGUGUAAAUUUUAAAAAUUUUGUAUAGGUAUUUCAUAAGAAAAAAUCUGUAUUUCUUUUUUUUUGUUGUUGUUAUUUUAUCAUGGAAACGGUACAUAUUUUAGUAUUUGUGCAGGAAAAAACAAAAAACGAAACGAAACAGUCCGAAAGUAUUUGUUUUUACUUGUACCAUCCACCGUGCCUUACUGUAACCUGUGUCAUGUCAGAGCAACUGUAAACAGUGGCAUCCUUGAGCAGUGUGGUACUUUUAAAGCAGUGUUAGAUUUUAAUUAGAAAUCUACCCGGUGGAUUUGUUUUUAACCAAAAAGAAGAAUUACCACUGAUUUUGUAAAUUAAUAUCAAUUGAUUUUUUUUUAAAGUUGAACCAAAGGUUUAAACUACUUAUAUGUCAUUUCUUACACUUUAGCUUCUCAUGAGUUAGUCUCUUAUAACGAGUGCAGUAUCAGACUGCGCUCACUUCAAAGAUAUGUGCCAUUUGUAAAAUAAAAUAGAGCAGCAAAGCACAAAAAGAGAAAACUGGUUCAGAAAUCCAGUGGGUAAAUAAAUUAUGUACUGCAAAGGAAAUUAUCAUUUUUACUGAAGAAAGCUUUAAAAGUUUUAUAUCCAGAUAUAAAACCGUAAUAAAGAAAAAUAACCUACAACCAUAAUAGACAUGUUGGAAUCUUUGUAAGUGCAAUUUUAAUUUGUAAAUAGAGUUUGAAUCCAAGUGUAACAAAAUACUGCUUCAAGAUUUAAUUUUAAAUCUGCUAAUUUAAGGGGUACAGGGGUAUGUUUUGGUGUGUUUCUAUUGAUUUCUUUCUUUUUUUUUUGUAUUAUGUGAUAAAAGAGAAAUGAAAAGUGCUAGUCCCUAUGUGGUGUCUGGGGAAAUCAUGUCAUUUUAUUUUUCCUCCAUGAAAUAAACUCAGCCUGGACAUUGGCCAUACAGCUUUUCAAAAUUAAUUAUUACUAUAUACGUGCAGGCGUACCUGGGUGGCGCCAGCGGUUGACGGUUCAGUUACUAACUGAAAGGUUGGUGGUUUGAAUCCACCCAGAGGCACCUUGGAAGAAAGACCUGGCAAUUAACUUCUGAAAGGUCACAGCCAUUGAA